UUUUCGCAACAACAAAAUAAUAAAAACAAAACUUUGUGGUUUUGGAACUAGUCGUCCAAAGUACAUAGCAAAAUGCGCAUUUCAAGUAAUUUUUUAUUUUGUAUUUUAAUACUUGGUUCUGCAAAAUAUUCGUUUGCUGAAUCAGAUCCCCAUUCAUCAGUCUUAGAACCAGUCACAACAUCAGUAGAAUCAAUUCUUGAUCUUUUCAACAAUAACACACCAUCUGAGGGAGAAAAAACACCUGAAACUGAAAAAUCUGAUACAUCUGAGCCAAAGACGCCACCAUGCCAACAAUGUGAUGAUGAAGCUGCGUCAUUUCACACAGCCCAAAGCGAAACUUGGACAUUGAGCCUGACAGGUGCAUCAGUUCGAGUAACUCCAGGCUCAGAAACAGACGGAACUGUAACUGGAGGAGAUGCUUUUGGUGAAAAUCUUUACAAGUUUUUAUACAUACGAUACACCUGGAGACAUUGCGCAAACAAGAUUGUAUUCGAAGUGGUUGUCUGCUUUUACAAUACUGAAUUUGAGUCAAGUAAACAAGCUGUUUCGUAUCCUCAUGGAAUAGCUCAAGUUCAUAUUCCUAUCGAAGCGAACGGAAAGAAAAACAAUUCUAAUUUUAAUGAAAUGAAUAAUAAAAUGAAAGAGAUCAAGAAACCAGGAGAUAGUACGCAGAUUCAUAGCAUCGAUACAUACUCUUGGUUUGAUAACUUCCCUGUGGACGCAGUUUAUGAAUAUUUUGAUAGCACUUACUAUGAUGAAGAUUCCGGACAAAACUACAAUUGUUCUAUAAGUGUUUACUUACCAUCAGAACCAGAGGAAAAUUACAUCUCAAUCCUACAGUUCUAUGAUGCUUUUGGAUCAUUGAAAGAUAAGUCGGGAGACGAUCUGAAGAGUAAUAUGCCACCCAAAGAUACGCCAUUGUCGAGUCCGAAAAAAGGAACAGGAAUCAAUGUUAUUCCCACGUAAAGUAGGUACCCACGAUUCUCAGUCAAGCCAACAAAAUUAUUUAAUUUAAAUAAUUCAUGAAAGAAAAAAGAACACCAGAGUAGAAAAAUAGCCGUCACUUCGAUCAAUCAUAUAAUUUCUGUGGCAUUAUUAAAAGUUAACCGAUUUCGGUUCAAUUCUGCGAGUGAUAUCAUUUAAACGAAUCACAAUUGGUUCAUCCAAUAAAUCACACCCCGUAUAAAGAUACUCACCAUCCUGUAUAGAAAAAACUUGCGAAAUGUAUUUUGAAUUAUUAAAAAGUAUCCAUCAUCAA